AGGACACUGUAUUUUGAUAGACCUAGUGAUUGUCCUAGUGUACUAUUAAAGGUUGUGAAAGUGCUACUGCGAAAUGGCAAAAGAACUCUUGAAACAUAUGCAGUACUUGACGAUGGCUCCCAGCGUACCAUUCUUCUAACAUCAGCUGCACAGCAUCUCAACCUAACUGGGGAAGCAGAGAGAUUAUCACUUAGAACUGUCCGUCAAGAAGUUGAAACUAUUCAAGGUUCUUCCGUAAGUUUCAAAAUCUCACCCAUUGCACACCCAGAGAAAACCUACACAAUUAAUAAUGCCUUCACUGCAAGUCACCUAGCACUUUCAGACCACACCUACCCUGUAUCAUCUCUCCAACGGAGAUACAAGCAUCUUCAAGGUAUCCCAUUACCCAUUAUUAAUAAAGCAGCGCCACUCCUGCUCAUAGGCUCAGAUCAUACUCACCUCAUCACGCCUACAGCUCCAUUAAGACAGGGACCAUAUGGGUCUCCUGCAGCAGUUAAAACCCAAUUAGGAUGGACACUUCAAGGGCCGAUCACAGAUUUUCAGCCCCAGAUCAGUACAGAGCAUGUGCAGUGUUUGUUCACAUCUCUCAGUUCAUCUGCAGAUGUACUGCGUUAUCAUGUUGAGAAGCUAUGGCAACUAGACACUUUACCUGAAUACAGUGAGAAAUCUGUGAUCCGAUCAAAGCAAGAUCAACUGGCACUGGAACUCCUUGAACAGGCCACAAAAAGGGUUGAGAUCAAUGGUGUUAAUCGCUACGCCACUCCUCUUCUUCGGAUGGCAAACUUUCCUCCUUUGAAUGUCCCUCCAACUGUAGUCAUGUCUAGACUCCGCAACACUGAGGCUCGGUUAGCUAAAGAUCCUGACAAAGCCAUGUCUUACAAGGAUCAGAUUUUGAAAUUGGAGCAAGCAGGCUAUGUAGCUAAACUUAGCCCAGAGGAGAUGCACAAUAGCAAAGAAGCCUGGUAUAUUCCUCAUCAUAUGACAAGUCACAACAAUAAAGAUCGCAUAGUCUUUGACUGCUCUUUCACAUUUCAAGGUCAGUGUCUCAAUAAGUACCUAUUGCCAGGACCAAUCCUUGGGCCAACACUUCUCGGUGUUUUGUUGCGUUUUAGGCAACAUUCAGUGGCAAUAAGUGGCGACAUCAAAGGCAUGUUUCACCAAGUCCGUCUUCUGCCUCCUGAUAAACCACUCCUCCGAUUCCUGUGGCGUGACAUGAACAAAGCAGCUCCCCCUUCAGUGUAUGAGUGGCAGGUACUCCCCUUCGGUACGACCUGCAGCCCUUGUUGUGCAAUCUAUGCACUGCAGAAACAUGUGAAGGAAUAUCAAUCUGACAAAGAUGUGCAGUCUUCAGUAAUGCAGUGUUUCUAUGUUGAUAACUGCUUGCAGAGUUUUCCAUCAGCAGAGUCAGCUCGAACACUCCUAGACAAAUUAAGAAACCAUCUAUCAGAUGGAGGCUUCGACCUUCGCCAGUGGGCCAGCAAUAACCCUGUUGUGAUUAGCCAUCUACCAUCUGAAGUAAGAACGGCAAGCAAUGAACUUUGCCUGACUGAAGACAAGCCAUCUGGCCCACAUGAACGCACAUUAGGAUUAUUGUGGAAUUGUGAGACUGAUUUGUUUGCCUAUAAAUACAAAACUCUAGCCUCACACCCCACCACAAUGCGUCGUAUCUAUGCAGUACUUGCUCGUCUGUAUGACCCAUUAGGCUACUUACUUCCAUUCACAACACGCGCCAAAACCUUGGUGCAAGAGCUAUGGAGAAAAGAGAGAGAUUGGGACGACCCUUCCCUUCCACACAACCUCUUAGAGACAUGGAAGUCCUGGGAAGAAGAACUUUGUUAUCUUCCUCAAAUUGCCAUCCCACGUUGCUAUACUUCUAAGGAAAUGGAUGUUUCUACCACAGUUAGAGACAUUCAUAUUUUCUGUGACGCUUCGGAGCGAGCAUAUGGUGCUGUCGCAUAUUUGAGAUCAGAUGAUCUUGAAGGUCACGUGGAACUAAGUUUCUUGUUAGCUCGCUCACGUGUUGCUCCUAAACGGAAUCUAACAAUACCCAGACUGGAGCUAUGUGCAGCCCUCCUAGGUGCACGCCUCUGUGAGCUUAUACAAACAGAACUCACCUUACCAAUCAGGACCACCACCCUUUGGACUGACUCGACAACUGUACUUCACUGGCUUCAGUCAGAUUCCUGCCGUUUCAAGGUAUUCGUAGGAGCCAGAGUCUCAGAAAUUCAAAACCUCACAAACAGUCAAGACUGGAGAUACAUCAAUUCAGCCACAAAUCCUGCUGAUGAUGUUACGAGAGGUAAAUCCCUGAAAGAGUUCCUUAGCCCAAACAGGUGGACCAAGGGUCCCUCGUUUCUGCAUGAACCUCCAAAUAACUGGCCCACAGUUACAGAUCUCCAUCCUGAUCAUGAUCAGACUGAGUUAAAGAAAUCCUACUUUUUUGGUAUUGUCAGUACCCCUUCCCAUACAUACACACCCUGCUUCAGAACCUAUCAAGAACUAUUGGAUUUCACGGCUCGUUCACUCCCUAGCCAAAAGGGUAACAUUCCUUCUGCAGCUGAUUAUCUGACAGAAGAACAAGAAAUCCUUCGUCAGACACAACUGGACAGUUUUGGUGAAGAUUUAGCCCGUUUACAGUCAGACAAACCCCUCUCAUCCGACAGCCGUCUAUUGUGUUUGUCCCCAGUGUUGUGCAGGAAUUCUGGACUUAUCCAUGUAGGAGGCCGACUACGGCAAAGCCCGGACUUGGAAUUGAAUGUCAUUCACCCAAUAGUACUUGAUCCUGCUCAUCCAGUGACCAAACUGAUCAUACAAGAUUAUGAUGACAAACUGCAUCAUGCUGGUUCAGAAAGACUUUUUGCUGAACUACGCCGGAAAUUUUGGAUUCUUAGAGGAAGGGAAGCAGUACGCAGGCAUCAGUAUAGCUGCGCUGCAUGUCAGAAAUGGAGAGCACAGCCCAUCAUUCCAAAAAUGUCAGACUUGCCUGCUGCUCGUCUUAGGUUAUUCAAACCACCUUUCUACUCCACAGGAAUAGACUGCUUUGGACCAUACGUGGUCAAGACCGGUCGCAGAUCGGAGAAAAGGUGGGGAAUAAUAUUCAAAUGUCUCACGACUCGGUGUAUACAUCUUGACCUCCUAAACAGCAUGGAUACCGACUCCUUCCUCAUGGCCCUCCAACGAUUCAUUUCUCAACGAGGAACACCCCUGGAAAUUAUAUGUGAUCAAGGAACUAACUUUAAAGGAGGAGAUAAGGAACUACGGGCUGCCUUUGACAACCUUGCCCCGACUCUACAGCCGAUGACUAAAAGAAUCCAUUUCAAAUUCAAUCCCCCGCAUGCACCCCAUUUCGGUGGAGCCUGGGAGAGGGAGAUACGUUCUGUGAAGAAUGCUCUGAAGAGAACCAUUGGUGCACAAAUGGUCACUGAAGAGGUCUUAAGAACAGUCCUAAUUGAGAUUGAAGGCAUUCUUAACUCAAAACCCCUAGGCUAUGUAUCCUCAGACAUUGCGGAUAUUGAUCCCAUAACCCCAAACCUUCUCAUUAUGGGCCGACAUGAUUCGUCACUUCCAUUGGUAUCCUAUUCUGAUUCUGACCUCCUAGGUCGACGACGAUGGCGACAUGCACAAAUAUUGGCAGAUCACUUCUGGCGGCACUUCAUAAAGGACUAUCUACCAUCCCUUCAAAGAAGACACAAAUGGCAGAAGGAGAACCCAGAUCUCACACUGAACUCUGUCGUAAUGAUCAUGGAUUCACGCCUUCCACGUGCCCUCUGGCCUGUAGGAAGAGUGACACGCCUCCUGAAAAGUCCAGAUGACCGCAUCAGAACUGUGGAAGUCUUAGCACAGGAUAGAACCUAUAUCCGCCCUGUCUCCUGUCUGAUUCCCCUGCCCCCGCUUCCUGACGAAGACUGAUUCUGAUCAUAACAUAUUUCUCACUAGAAAUAUGAGGGCGGCUGUUGAAAAGACUCACCUUUUAGCAUAUCCCAGCACACCCACUCACUUCACCAGGUGCACCUUGUUUAGUUCUCUCACCUUCAAUUGGGUGUGGUGCUUGUCCUUAAUUGCACUCACCUGUCACACAGUAUAUAAGGACUGCAUUCACUUUUGGCUCACUCUUUCUUCACUCCCACACGGGGCGGCAGCAGAGCAUUGGCAGUCCAUGUGUGUCUUCCUUCUUUGCUUUAUUGAAUAGAGAAUAAGAAUAGAGAAUAAAAGGAGAACCCUGUGAAUGAUUAGAUGACUGCUUAUUCUCAUUCUGAUCGGAUGAGCCCAUGAUGCUGAUUAUUUAAACCCUGAGCCUUCCUUCCUU